UGGCUUCGAUUAACCCCAAGCUUCUUUUAGCCAGAGUUUCAUUUGAGCCCCUGAAUUAUUAAAAGUUAAUCUUCAGAAGCAGACGUCUUCCCUACCUUCUUUUGGAUGGGAUCUUUUGUAGGCUUCGGGAAAAUGCAGCUCAGGAGAAUGGCCAUGGUUUCUGCAAUGUCCUGGGUCCUGUAUUUGUGGAUAAGUGCCUGCGCUGUCCUGCUCUGCCAGGGGUCCUUUCACCAUACUUUCCAGCAGCAUCACCUGCACAGACCAGAAGGUGGAACAUGUGAAGUUAUAGCAGCACACAGAUGUUGUAAUAAGAAUCGGAUCGAGGAGAGAUCACAAACAGUAAAAUGUUCCUGUCUACCUGGGAAAGUGGCUGGGACAACACGGAACAGACCAUCUUGUGUUGACGCAUCAAUAGUCAUUGGGAAGUGGUGGUGUGAGAUGGAGCCCUGCCUAGAGGGUGAGGAGUGCAAGACAUUACCUGACAAUUCAGGGUGGAUGUGUGCAACUGGCAAUAAAGUCAAGACCACCAGAAUUCAUCCGAGGACCUAACGAAGUGUCUUCUGACAGCAGCCAGUGAUGGGUCUCCUGACAGACAGUGGACAAACAUCUUUAUACUUUCCACCAUCUCCAGCUUUUACAAGCCAAAUGGAUUUUUUUUUUUUAAUUUGCACUUUAACUCUGUACUGGAGGAAACACAGUGGCUUUAUUUGUGUGACGUGAAAUGGCCUAGCAAAAAUAAUGCGCAAUCAGAAAAUAGAAGAAAACAAUAAGGGAAAGAAAGGGAACAAAAAGGAGUUUUUCAGAAGAAAGCUUCAUGAUACUGAAAUACGAACAGCAGUCCUGUCGGUGUGGAUCUACAAUUUCCUUUCUAAUCUUAUAAGUAUAUAAAUAUAUCAGAUAUUUUGAAACAAAUUCGGGGAGAAACUAAACCGAAACCCACAUUUUGUUGUGACCUUUUGAAUCACAAGAAAGAUACUUCUGAGCCUGAGCUCUGGUGAUCAGAAAAGACCAUGGAAGGAGAACACAAACAAGGAUGGCUAUGGAUCAAAGAAUUGGAAUGUCACUUCCUUUUUAUUCUUAUUGUUUCAUCUAGACAUUCAAGGGAAGUUUUAUUAUUCCAUUUUCCUGUGUUCUGGAGUCUUUUUUUCCUCCUCUCUCUCUUGUGCAACACUAGCAUGCUGGCUUUGCUUACAUUAACCAUACAUUAAUUGAUAUGUAAUUCCAGUUCAACCCUCUUCCAAGGACAUCUUUUUAGAGCAAUUAGCCAUCCCCACAAGGCAGAGAAAGAGGACUCUCAGCAUUUAAACAACACAAUCUACAUUCAGAAGUUUAUCUCGCAGCCUUUUUGGGAAGCCUGCAAGCAAACUCCUUAUUAAAGACAUACUGUACAGAUAAUUGUCUACAGACUUUGUAUAGCUGGAAUAGACAACCCUAGUAAAAAACAAACAAACCCUGAUUGCUAACUCCAAA